AUGCUACCUGGAUUCCUGCAGAGUAGCUACGCUCGCUACAAAGCAGAUACCAAUACCUUCGCAACAUGGCUACUAGAGACUGCCAACCAAUGUGGCUAUCGGCCUACCCUUUCUGCUACCGUUCCUGCGGCGAACAAGAGUAAGCGUAAAGGUAAAACGGAUGGCUCAAACGAACAGUCAAUUCAAUACACUGCUACUACCGAAGACCUACAAAAGUUCGCCGAGGUGGUUGCCGGUUCCUCUCUGACCGUGCCGAAAUCAGUCCUCACCAUUGCCAAACGCGCCAUCAAAUUGAGGAAAACGGUCACUUCAUGGUUCUUGGGUCGUGGCGACAUCGCGAACAAUAAGCGCCAUGCUCACUUUAUCACUGCGCUGGAGCAAAUUUGCGAUACCCUUGAAUGGAAGACCGCCCAACCCUCCAAGACAGAUGCUAAGCAGCCACAAUCAAUGCCUGAGGUCCAAGAUGACGAUGCCGAUGCUGACAGAUUCUUGAACAAGUUUGCUGUUCUCACGGUGGAGGAACCUGAGGAUAUCCCAGAGACUCGAUCGGCGCCCGCAGCAUCGAAGAAGGUUGUCAAGGUCACGGUUGUGGAGGAGGAAAAUGAGGCAGCCGACUCCUAUCUUGGUCACUUGUUCUUCAAGACCUUGUGUCUACUGCAAGAUUUGGACAACGUGCGGAAAUUUAUUUCCAUCACCUGGUCGGAGUACCGGGAUAAGAAAAUCGACCUUAUGAACGCCGCUGUCGUGACGGACAAGGCUGACUGGCUCUCUACUCGCACGCCGGCAAGAAAUGAUGUUCAGACACUUGUUUACAAUCUCGCCGUCAUGAGCCGGGGCAUCUCCGCAGCUCCAUCCACGGAGGUUGGCCUGCCAUACAACAAGGACAUGGCUGAUGUAGCCGAUUGGUGCUAUCUGCCUACCAAGGUUCUGCUUGACGCCUUUGCCAAUGUCCUCCACGACAAUCAUCAACCAGUCUUCAAAAAGGGCUAUUUCGGUACCUAUAACCCAAAGGCGAACAGGGAGCGGAUGUCUGUGGGCCAAAAGUUCAACGAAGACAAGAUCAUCCUUCUUUCGAUCUUGCCCGAGUUCUGCAUGUUUGACACUUUCAAAUUCAGGACGCCUACCUCGGACACUAUCACGCAAGGACUUGUUGAAUUUUCCAAGAACAAAAAAGUUACCCUAUGGCUAUGCUUUGCCUCCCAGAUUUUCCUCGACAUCCAUCACAUCAUGCGAUACAGUACCCUGGGUGCCUUUGGAGACCUUCGGAUGUCAGGACUGCGCAUCCAGAAGGUCAUUGAUGACUACCUGAAGCUGUCCAAAACACACCCCCAGCCCAAGUUUUGGGCAAAGGAGGGCGACGAGGAGAUACAAGGUAUUAGUUCUACCGUGGACUCCUGGAUCAUACAAGACGCGUUCCUCAAUCUUCGGGUCCUGUCUGGACUCGAUAAAACCGGAUCACUGCCUGAGAAGCAUGCACUUUUAUCGCAGCACUCUAUCCUCUGCGGACUGAUAUUAUUCCACCUCAAUAUUAGAAUGCAGCGUGUAGGCCAGCAGCUUGUCACCCAAUGGUAUGACGUCCAACAGCUGGCUUUCUUGCACAAUCUCGUUAUCAAUUAUGCUACGCACAAGGACGUGAGAUGGCCCGAUAUGGAUGCUUUCAUCAAGAUCCAUGGCGAGUCUCAUAUAUUCAUUGGUUCGCGGCCCCAGAACGCCGGUGAAUCGCUAAACAGGCUUGAACUGGCCACAGGCAUCUCAUCUGUUGCCAAUUUAGCGCGCGAUUCCCGGAGUAAACCCUUUCAUAAACCGGAUGGCAAGAAUCCACGCUUGCUCAAGCCUACCACUGCAGUUGCGAACUUGUUCUCCCCAAAGUAUGUCGAGGGUCUCGCGGAAGAUGCCGGGAUCGUCAACAUUGACCGGAUCCUGGACGGGCUCUCACAAAAAUCCAAGCUUGAAUCCUCGUCCUGCAAGGAGCUCAACAGAGCCAAUGCGGAGCUCUCGAUUACCCAAAAGUGGUCGAAUACCCGCAAAAUUGACACACUCCACCUUUUGGCCUUCUGA